AUGUGGAGAAUGCCGAAGAAGACGACAGAGCGUACGAGAAGCGCGGUCAUGUUAGACGGACAACUGUCUAAAUUCUUCGACAUUGAGCAGGGGGUCCCACAAGGUUGCACGAUGUCCCCGACAUUGUUCCAGGUGUUCAUCAACGAUCUGUUGGAAGUCGUAGAGGCAGUCCGGAAGGGAGGCAAAGCACGAGCAGGGAAGCUGCACCCAAUACUCGCAAACCGGCACCUCGAUACACGCAUCAAAUUGACGGUUUUGAAGAGCGUAAUCGUACCGCCGCUAGAGUACGCCGGAGAAGUAUGGGAAGGAAAUAAGAAGGUAGUGAAAGAACUCGAGGCGGCGCAGAUGAAAGCAGCGAAAACCAUCCUAGGAUGCUCCAGGCGCACAAGUAAUGCAGCCGUGAGGGCAGAAUUGGGGAUCCAAUCCCUACGGUCGGGAAGAGACGCGAGGAAGCUGACCUGGCAGUAUCGCAUGUGCGGGAUGGGAGAGGAGAGGUUGCCGAGAAUUGUAUGGGAGGCGAAGUGGGCAAACAAAAAGAGGGGUAGACAACCCACGGAAUGGGUCAAGGUUGUAGAGGACGUAUGGAAGGGGCUCGACAUCGACGAAGAUGAAACGCUGGAAACGGAGGGUCUACAGGGGUUCAAGGAGAAGAUAUCUGUUGCUUGUGCCGAGAGAGAAGAACAGAAUCUGAGGAAAGAAACCAAGGAUCUAGACGGUCUAGAAGUGUACGGAAUGUUGAAGGAAGGAAUAGGGUUCAAGGACUACCUACAUGGACCAAUGGAUGCAGGAACAAAGCUUAAGGUCAAAUUCAGGACCGGGGACAUAGGCCUUCGAGAACGUCGACGAAGACAUAGGACGGUAGACGAGGAAGACGACGAGUUCAAAUGUGAUUGCGGCUUCGAAUGCGAACACCGUGUUCUUUUAGUGCGGAAUGUCCUUUGUACAAGGAGGAGAGAGAAGUGUGCGUGA